GCCAAUGCCAUGAAGAGGAGCUCAGACAGCUCUGACCUCAUGAUACAAGAACCGGCUGGCAAACCAGAAGGGAUCUGAAAGAGAAUUUGCUGAAGAGGAGAAGAAAAAAAAAGUCCAAAAAACCUGUGCGUGAGGUGGGGGGAGGAAAAGCAGGGCCUUUAAAGAAGGCAACCACACGACUUUUGCUGCCAGGAUGCCCUUGCUUUGGCUGAGAGGAUUUCUGUUGGCAAGUUGCUGGAUUAUAGUGAGGAGUUCCCCCACCCCAGGAUCCGAGGGGCACGGCGCAGCCCCGGACUGCCCGUCCUGUGCGCUGGCCACCCUUCCGAAGGAUGGACCUAACUCUCAGCCAGAGAUGGUAGAGGCUGUCAAGAAACACAUCCUAAACAUGCUGCACUUGAAGAAGAGACCCGAUGUCACCCAGCCGGUGCCCAAGGCGGCGCUUCUCAACGCGAUCAGAAAGCUUCAUGUGGGUAAAGUGGGGGAGAACGGGUAUGUGGAGAUAGAGGACGACAUUGGCAGGAGGGCCGAAAUGAAUGAACUCAUGGAGCAGACCUCGGAGAUCAUCACCUUUGCCGAGUCAGGCACAGCCAGGAAGACACUGCAUUUUGAGAUUUCCAAGGAAGGCAGUGACCUGUCAGUAGUGGAGCGUGCAGAAAUCUGGCUCUUCCUGAAAGUCCCCAAGGCCAACCGAACCAGGACCAAAGUCACCAUCCGUCUGUUUCAGCAGCAGAAGCAUCCACAGGGCAGCUUGGACGUGGGGGAAGAGGCCGAGGAAAUGGGCUUAAAGGGGGAGAGGAGUGAACUGUUGCUAUCCGAGAAAGUGGUCGAUGCUCGGAAGAGUACCUGGCACAUCUUUCCAGUGUCUAGCAGCAUCCAGCGCCUGCUGGACCAGGGGAAGAGCUCCCUGGAUGUGCGGAUUGCUUGUGAGCAGUGCCAGGAGAGCGGUGCCAGCCUGGUGCUCCUGGGGAAGAAGAAGAAGAAAGAAGUGGACGGAGAUGGGAAGAAGAAAGAUGGAAGUGAUGGAGCGUUGGAAGAGGAAAAGGAGCAAUCACACAGACCUUUCCUCAUGCUGCAGGCUAGGCAGUCGGAAGACCAUCCUCACCGCAGGCGUAGGCGGGGCUUGGAGUGUGAUGGCAAGGUCAACAUCUGCUGUAAGAAACAGUUCUAUGUCAGCUUCAAGGACAUUGGCUGGAAUGACUGGAUCAUUGCUCCCUCUGGCUAUCAUGCCAACUAUUGUGAGGGUGAGUGCCCAAGCCACAUAGCAGGGACCUCUGGGUCCUCACUCUCCUUUCACUCAACCGUCAUCAACCACUACCGCAUGAGGGGUCACAGCCCCUUUGCCAACCUUAAGUCAUGUUGUGUGCCCACCAAGCUGAGACCCAUGUCCAUGCUCUAUUAUGAUGAUGGCCAGAACAUCAUCAAAAAGGACAUCCAGAACAUGAUUGUGGAGGAGUGUGGCUGCUCCUAGAGCUGCGGGGUCCCAGAGGACACGAAUCUAGACAGUCAGAGAAGACAGUGGCAAAAUGAAGAAAAAUACAAAAUAUCUGAAUUAAACAAAACAACCAGAAAAAUAGAAAUAAAAAAAACCCACAAAAAACAAAAACUAAACUGAAAACAAAACCUAAUGAAACAGAUGAAGGAAGUUGUGGAAAAUAUCCUAAGCCAGGGCUCAGAGAUGAAGCAGCGAAGGAAACAGGGAUUGGGAGGAAAAGAGAGAAUGGUGUACCCUUCAUUUCUUCCAAAACCAAACUGAUUGCAUCAGUUUUAUCCAAACUGGGUAUUGUCCUCUCUCCUGCCUCUUGCGGUUCCCUUGCGAGCCUGGAAGUCUACUUGUCUGUUCUGCAGUAAUGUGGGCUAGCACAACCCAAAUACGUCUAGAAAGCCAUGAGUUUUAAAGGGCCAGUCCCACCCAGAUACCCAGGUCAUAAGUAUGUCUAUGUGACACUAUCUCUGUGUAUUUCAGUGUGCACACAUAUGUGUGUGCACACACACAGGCACACACACACACACACACAGAGGUAUUUCCACACACCACAUGCAUACACAUACUGGUAAAAGAACAAUUCUGUGCAGGUGGUCACAUUUUCUUUUCUGUACCACUUUUGCCACAAGACAAAAUCAACAUAAAAGCAUUGAGAACAAGAAUGGGAAGAGUGAAGGAUGAAGGAAGAAAGAAUACCAAGUCACAUUUCGUUAAGGUGCUUAUGAUCUUAGAACUAUGCAACCUAAUAGGUUUGAAACUGUUUACCUGAAAGAGGACAAAAAGAGAGACUUUUUUGUAUUGGAAGUAACCUGAUUAAUUUUUAUUUUCUUCAAGGAGAGAUACUUGAAAGGAAUAUGUUUGUCCAUCUGUUGGAUUCAAACAUUUCUAUAUUUUGUAAAUGUUGUUUUUUUAUCGUUUACUAUUUGCACUACAAUGGUGUUUGAC